GCUUGAAAGAAUUCCCAUUUGGAGAGUGACGAUUGUUUUUCACCAGUCGCUUUAUUUAUCUCUGAUUUUCUCGUGAAAUACCAUCAAAUCUAGCCAAAAAUGGCAUCUGAACGAUACAGUUUCUCCCUCACCACAUUCAGCCCUUCCGGGAAGCUGGUGCAGAUUGAGUAUGCCCUGGCGGCGGUGUCUGCCGGCGCCCCUUCUGUGGGCAUCAAGGCCACCAAUGGUGUGGUGCUGGCCACGGAGAACAAGCACAAGUCCAUCCUGUACGAUGAGCACAGUGUCAACAAGGUGGAGAUGGUGACUGAUCACAUCGGGAUGGUGUAUUCCGGCAUGGGCCCUGACUAUCGGCUGCUGGUGAAGCAGGCCAGGAAGAUGGCACAGCAGUACUACCUCGUCUACCAGGAGCCUAUUCCCACAGCUCAGCUGGUGCAGCGCGUGGCCACGGUGAUGCAGGAGUACACGCAGUCCGGCGGAGUGCGUCCCUUCGGAGUCUCUCUUCUCAUCUGCGGCUGGGACAACGAUCGUCCUUACCUGUUCCAGUGUGACCCCUCCGGAGCGUACUUCGCCUGGAAGGCCACCGCCAUGGGGAAGAACUCCAUCACGGGAAAGACGUUCCUGGAGAAGCGCUAUAGUGAGGAUCUUGAGCUCGACGAUGCCGUUCACACGGCCAUUCUGACCCUCAAGGAGGGAUUCGAGGGCCAAAUGACGGCCGACAACAUCCAGGUGGGCGUUUGCGAUGAGAAUGGCUUCAGGCGACUUGAUCCUUCAACGGUGAAGGACUACUUGGCGAAUAUCUAGGCAUUUUGCUGUAAUCUUCGGUUUUUUUGCAUUAAAUCCCAAUACACGACACAGAAUCAUUUAUUGAAAUAC